ACGACGUUUCCUGCACUGUCUGCCCAAGUAUCCCAUCGUUGGUCAGACGUUGCUGAUAUUGUAUGGCACAAUGCAACGCUUUUCCUCGAUGACGAUCAGCCCUAACCUGCAAAAACGCAGCAACAUGAGCGUUUGAUAUGCCUCUAGGUGGCAGCGAUGCAUCGAACAGACACGAUUCACGCUCCAAUAACCGUAGCAAGAUAUAGUGUCCGUUCAAGGCAUGACGGCAUAAGCGUCUAUCGUGUCACACACGGGCCAGCACUACGGCGUUGCGAGACCCUCCGUCUCGGUCUGAAACGGAUCGAAACAUGUUCAACCGUAAUAAAUCCAACGCUGGGGGGUUGCACUCGUCGCAAAGACCCGAAUGGCACCGGCCGUCCACGACUCAGACAUGGAUCAUGCACUGUUCAACGAUGGCACGAUGGAAAGUUCCAAGGGAGCUCCGUUUCGAUUAGUUUGAAACGGCCUCUUAUCAAAUUCGAUGCCGAUCGGAGGCAAGCAGUAGGGGUUCUCCUCGAUUGCUUCUCCGCAUCGCCGUCUCCGCCUCCGCAUUCUCCCCUACUUCCACCCCGCCCGACGGUGCUGGUCCCGGCGGUGCACCGUGCCCGGCACGCCGGUGUUGCAGUCUCCACCUCAUUCGGGGGAUGGAAAAGCAAAAACGGCGACAUGACAUCAUCCCUGCAACACCCCCACCUACUGCAUCCAACAGCCCAACCACCAACCUUUUCCGACGUCACUGGACAUAUUUUGAUGGAUUGAAUGCUUUCUUCAAACCUGCUCCCUCGAGUACAGGAGGAAACAAGCUUAAGCUAACGAUUCAGUCAGGCUUUUUUCUACAAUGCAAAGAUUGGAUCGAACUCCAUUACCAACCGCAUCCAUGACUGCCGUCGCACAGUUUGUUACUUGGACGUAAUUCGCCUCA